AUGAAGCUCCUCACCCUCAACUUCCUAACCUGCGCCAUCAAAACGUGCAAAACCUCCCCCUCCUCCUUCCCCCUCCACCCGCGCGACGCAGAGCUGGAAAUCCUCGAGACGGACAUCAACCUCCCCUUUUUGAAGAAUAUCUUGCCCAGGCUGAUGUGGGAUGAAUUACGAACCAUAACAUCUGAGCUCGGACUUCCGGAAUUACCGCCCGCGGCGCCGACGCGCGAGGACCUCGUCGAACCCGGUGCACAAGCUGCGGAGGGAGAAGAGGUGGAAGAACAACCGAGUCAGACGGCUAAGGAUUUACACAGGGUGCUGCUGGAGACGACGGUCAAGGAGGGGAAGCUUGCGUGUGGGAACUGUGGGCACGAGUAUAAGGUUAUGGAGGGGGUGCCGAACUUUUUGCUGCCGGGGCAUUUGGUUUAG